AUGGCUCGACAUGAAGCGGGCUAUCAACACGGCCGAGCGCGCCUAGAGGAAGUGCGAGGAGGGCCGAGCCAAAAUUGCCGAGGUUGGGAAGCUACUCCAAGAUGCGGAUUGGCAUGCGGAGGAGAAUGCUGCCAAGAUAACCGAGCUAUGCUCCAGGCUGGCGGAGGCCGAAAGGGCGGCAGUGGAUGCCAAAGAGGCCAGGGCGAGGGCAGAGGCGGCGAAGGAGGCCGAGCGUCGGUCUUGGGCGACGGAGCUGGAGGAGGCCAAGAAACAGGCCAGAGCUGA